UCAUUGCUUUAAACAUCAGCUGAUUUCUGUUUAUAUUUUUAGUUAAUCUCUUUUUAUUACGUGAUUAAUUUAUAAUAAAGGACCUUUAAAAUUACCAUUAUACGAUAUUCUCCUUUGUUAUGGAUUCAAAAGCAACAACUAACAAAAAUUAAUUGUUAAAAAUACUCAAUAUGAAAUAAUUUCAUGUCAGUUCAGACCCGAAAAGCAAAGUAGCAUCUAAGUACAUAUGCAAAGGAGAAAAUGUUGUUAACGGGAAAAAUUUUCGCCGGAUCCAUUCGAAUUCUAUCCGAGGGAUCCCAUCGCCUGUUGCACCUGAAACGCAGGGAGGUUUAUUUGGAAUGUUUCCGCAUCCUGGGGGUGCACGAGUCAGCGGAUCAGAACACCGUACGACAUGCCUACUUGGAUCUAGUCAAGCGGGUGCACCCGGAUUCUGGAACCGAGGAAGCCAGCGCCGAACGAUUCCAAAAGGUGGACGAGGCCUUUCGAUUGCUGCAGGAAAAAUUCGCCAAGGGGCGACGCAAUAUCCCAGAGAACGAAGAGGAAGCCAUGGAGUUCGACAUCAAGCACACGGCUCCACAACAUCGUCAGUAUCUGUCAAACGAGGGUAUCGGCGUGGGCACCCCCUUUCAGCGCCAGAAACAGUACCAACAGGUGCGCGCAAUGAAGGCUCAGGAAAGGGUCUUAGAGCACCGCAUCGACAAGGCCGCUGCCGGCGAGAACACACUAAUGUCUAAGGAAGGGAAUCACUUUCGUAAGCAUGCCAUCAAAACCAAGUACGGCAUCGAGCGCGUCGUAGAGGAUCUAAUCCAAGAGGCCAUGUCCAAGGGUGACUUUAAUAAUCUCGAUGGCGCUGGCAAGCCUCUCUCGGCCCUACAGUCGCAAAAUCCAUAUCUGGACUUCACCACCCACAAACUGAACAAGAUAAUGCUGGACAACGGAUUUACACCGGAGUGGAUCAGCCUCAGCAAGGACAUCCGCGAUGCUACGAGGCAGCUAAAAAACCAACUGCGUCAGGAACGCAUAUACUACGGAGAAUGGCCCAUGCAGACUGCCGAAGAGCUGGCAUCAUGGAAAAAGUUCAAUGAAAAGCACAAGGAGGAUGUUCAGCAAUUGAACAAGCUCAUUGACAAGUAUAACCUGAUUGUGCCCGUCCUGCAAAACCAAUUCUUUAGGCUACACUUGGACAAAAUGGCCGAGCCCAUAUUCAAAGAUCCGGAUUUAAAGCGAAAUGUCAAGCGGCCUUUAGCAGAUGCCAAGUCAAGUGACCAGGGGGAAACACAGUCGAAUUCUGGUUCAAGUCUAUUUUCACUUUUUACUUACUUUUUGUGAUAGGGCAAUGGUGAUAUUAGAGUGUAGUUCUCCCAA